AUGGAGCGACAAUUUAUCCUUAGACUCCACGAAACAAUAAAGCAUGUGGUGGACCUCAAGAGUUCGACAUUAGAUGUAUGCAAUGACAAGUCUGUUGUUCUGGUGCACAAUGGUAAGAGAUAUCCGGGAAUAAUUGUGAGACUUCCAUGCAUAGUCGAGUCACAGAAGACCAUGGAUGGUAGGCAACACUAUAAAGUUGCAGAUAUAUCUACACUUGUAGUUGUGUAUCCGCAUGGUGAUUUUGACUUUGAUAAGGAGAGAGAGAUGCAUGAGCUGAGUGGGCUGUGCCCUCCACUAAAAUAUGUGAAGGCGAGGAGAUUCCGAAAGAAGAAUAGCAAGGUUGAAUAUGUUGAGGAGAUCGAGAGGAAGGUCAACGAGCUUCUAGAGAAAGAUAUGAAGGCUAUAUCUGUUGAAGUGGUUACAAAGGAAGAAAAGGAGGACUCGGAUGAUUUGGAUGUGCUUGCUGCAGAGAUUGAGAACAAACUAGCAGAUCAUGAGGAAUUGCAUCAGGAAGAAGUUCAGGCUUGCCCUCCCGAAGCGGACGAGAAGAAGGAAGAGAAGCCAAGAAAUGCAGAGGUUGAGAGGUUAGAGAAGAGUAUUGAGGAGAAAAGGAAACAGAUGGAGAGCGCACUUAAUCCUAUUCUCCAGAAGAGAUUUGAAUCACAGCUUGGAGUUUUGAUGAAAGAGCUUGAGGAGAUGAAGAGGAGUUUAGAGGUAGAAUGA